CGGAAGUCGUUCUCACGGUUAGUCCGACCCGUGCUGCUUCAUGUUUCCCCGCAACCUGCUUCGACGCAUUCCAAAAAGCACGAGCUUGUAUUGGCAGAAUGCAGCUGCGAAUAGGAUAUCGUUGCUAAUAAGACAUGUCCCAUUGACAACGCGGGUUCCGGUGGCGACGCACUUUUACGUGUGCAGACGGACAUUGAACACGCCUGCCCCCAUGGUCAAUGUCAGUGAUCUAUCCAUAGAGCGGUAUCAUGCACUUUCCGACGCGACCAUGACAACCUUACUCGAGCGGCUCGAGGAUUUGCUGGACACAGUAGGAAAUGACGCCUAUGAAGUAGAUUAUCAUAGCGGCGUCCUGACGCUCAACUUAGGUACCUAUGGGACAUACGUGAUCAAUAAGCAACCACCAAACAAGCAAAUAUGGCUGUCUUCCCCACGCAGUGGUCCCAAGCGCUAUGAUUACGUACCGGAAUCAGACGACUGGCGAUACGCGCGAGAUGGAAUAGGGCUUGGCAAGCUGCUGGAUGAGGAGAUAACGGAUAUGCUCCGAACUAAAGUCUCCCUGCAUCUAGAGGGUGUGUCUACGCAGAUACGGGAGUAGACUUGUUACGGAUAUAGAUUGUCAUUACGAUCUCUUAGUUGCCUAUGCAUAACGGAUAGGACUUCCUCCAUUCAUGCAGAUACAAAGCAAGAUCUAUCGCUUACGGAUGCUUCCAUGGAUUGACAAUGUGAUUCCAUUGAUACUUCAUUGCCUACACAUAACGGGUAGGAAUUGCUCCAUCUU